GACCCUGAACACAAGAAGACCAGUUCCUAUAGAUUCUCGGAAUACUUAGCAACAGAAAUAUUGUGGCACAAGAGUUGUUCGCCACGACGAAGACAUGAUCUGGAAUCGUUCCUCUGGGUCAUGCUUUCCAUUUGCAUCAAUUUUAUCGGGCCUUAUAGCCAAAAACGCACGGUACGACCUAGCUGCGUACCCAACUGGCUGCAGCCAGAUUGCCUGCCUUCCCAUCGGCUAGACAUAUCUCAGGAGAGAUUCCAGGUGGAGGACUGGUCUUCCACCUGCAGUGCAUGCUUUUCAGAUUACUUCAACCAUCCGCCUAUUGUGAAAGGUCUUGCAAAUCUCGCCUCAAAGCUGUCGCCUCCGGGCUCCUUGAAAAUUAAACCCAAUGGCAGCAAGUCUGCUACUUUCCCUAAAAAUCCUGUCACACACGAUGACAUGAUCUUAGUGCUGAAAGAUAUCGUAGCAGAGCUCCCAGUAGAACAAGCACCGUCGGAAGAUGAUGUCCGAAAAGCAAGGGAAAGAUAUAGAAGUAUACAGAGUUCAGUAUCUUACCGCGCUCCAAAUAUCUACAACUGAUCGCUAUCGCUGAUCCAUAUAGAUGAGAUAAUCAAUGCACAUUCCUCCGUAAUAUUAGUACAAGCUUAAUCAUCAUCUGGAAGGUGUCCGAUCUUCUCGACGUCCAAAAGGAUUGAAUUCAACAUCUCAUGACAAAUGGUGGCCUUGAGAAAGAGAU